AUGCCCGCCAUCACCCCCUCCGCCACGACCUGGACGCUCCGGCUCAAGCACGCCAAAACCACCGUCGUCCUGCACGUCGACCCGCAACAGACGCUCGGCUCCGUCCGCGCCGAGCUGCUGCACUGCCUGCGCGAGACGUGUCCGGACGGCGUGCCCUGCACGGUGUCGGCGCCGCCGGGGGGCAACGAGAAGAAGAAGGCGCUGCCGGCCGACGCGGCCGCGCUGCAGCUGGCCAAGAUGCGCGACCCGAGCGAUCCGGAGCGGGGGUGGGUCGCGCUGCUGGUCGACGAUGCGGUGGCUGCGGCGGGCGGCGGCGAUGAGGAGGAGGAAGAAGAAGGGGAGAAGAAGGGGAAGGGGAAGGGGAGGGCGAGGGAGAGGGCGAGGGCGAGGGGGGCGGCGGGGUUGAGGUUGAAGGAGGUGGGGGUGAAGGAUGGGGCGGUUUUGGCGUUUAGGUGGGGUGGGGGGGAGGAGAAGGCCCGCGUUGGCGCGGAGAUGGAGGUGGAUUUGGAUGGGGAGGAGGGCGGUGAUGAUGGCGCGUGGGAUGUGGUGUUGCCCAAGUAUGAGGAUUCGUAUAUGGACGGGCUUGAGGACGAGGGGAUUGUGGAGUGA